ACAUGAACGCGUUCCUUCAACGUGGCACAGCCAUUUCCGACAACCAUACCAAUCCCUAUGGCAUUGGACAGUUGGCGGCGCCUAGCGGCGUUCCAAUGGGCAUUCCCAUGGCUCCUGGGCCCAACUUGCAGAACCGCUAAAUGUCACAACGCGUUGCGCGGAUUAUCUAGACGCGGGCAUCAGACGACGCGAUCCCCCUUAUGCUCUUUCGAUGUACAACACACUCUGGUCCCAACGGUAUUUGAGACACGCCCUUUGGGUUCUGCAUUCGGUCGGUGUCUUCAAUUCUUCGUCUUCUUUUUCCUCUUUGAUUCGGCGGCGGCGUUAUUCGGCAGAUACAGCGAUUCGGAGAUGCCUCCCAGGGAACAAGGCUUCACAUUUACACCCAGUGGGCGUUCAGGUCUAUGGCAUUACUGCCUUUUUGGCGAGGCGCCCUGGAGCUGAAGCUUUGGCUCAUGCUCGCAUCAUUGCUGCGCUUGAGUUCGAUGGGCGGGGUCGUCCGGCUGCGUACAUCCGCGAGGGAAGAGUACAUGCAAUCUCUCGCUUUCCUCCUUACCUGUCUUUUUUUUUGAUUUCGGGUUGCGGCUGGGUCCGGGCGUUAGUAUACGGUUUCCGAUCCUUUCAUUUCUACGGCUCUUUUUGGGUUUCUUGUUAUCGAUGGGUGGCAAUCAAAACGGUUCCGGACGGGUUUUCGAUACUGGGCCCGUGUAUAGGGCAAGGUAAGUGUGCGGGCGGAAGAAGUGGCCUUUUGUUCUCCCGCAACGAACCAUUUUUUGUCACGUGGAAUCUCUAUGAUGGGGCUCGACAUCAACCUCGUCCUUUGUCACUCCGCCUGGAUUUUCCACGCGUCGAUAGUGCGAUAGUUGGAUAUGCUAUGCACGUAGGUAGCAUGGAGGAUGAUCGGUGAGGUGAGCAGAUGGCGAGAGAGUAAUCGAAGCUGUUCAAUUUCAAAUUUGCAAGUAAGGAAAGCUUGAUUAGGUGAAGUAAACAGGUGCAUCAGGGUGGCGGCUCUGUCAGGGUUAGAUCUAGGUUCACGCCCUCUUAACCUUGCACGAGACUUGGCCCUAU